AUGGAGCUACAGGAAAUCGACCACCUUCUCGAGGAGCUGACAGCUCUACUUGUCUCGCAAGAAUGUGGCGGCGACGAUGCCGCCAUUGAACCAGCGAUUCUCAACGCCGUCGCGGACUACGUCGAAGGCGUCGACUCCACCGGCGCUGGCCUCGACCAACUCAGACAGGCUCUCGAAGCCGCCGCCGGCGAGGGCGACGACUCGGCGAAGCAACGCAUGAAGGCAGCAGGCUGCAGUCGUGCCAUUCGACUCCUGCGCGAUACUAUCUGGCAGGCGUGA